AUGGAAGGCCUUUUUAUAUUGGACAAAGUGAUUCGUGUAAUGUGCCCUACAGAAUUCUUCAGUGACGUAGAGAUAAAAGGAUUUAUAAAUAUAGAGAAUCGCCAAUGGGUGAGGGCGGUGCGUCGCGAGGCGUGUCGAAAUUUGGAGGACCUUUGGCGCGACACAAAGGAAGCGAGGGAGGCGGAGGAGUGUAACGGCGUCGACUUCGACAUAUUUGACCUAACAAAAUUGUUCGGCAUGGAGCCUUACGAAAUUGUGGAGGUAGAGGAGCCAUGGGAUCCCUAGGAACAAUUUCUUUAUUUUGGUAAUAAUACGUCUAUUCUUGAGUGUGGUUUUCUUUAUUAUUUUAUAGUUGAAUUCAGAAAUUGCUGGUUUCUGUUUCAGAUCGGGUGAGGACUUCGUAAUGAUAGAAGAAGAUAUCCCCCUUGAUCU